AUGUCUUUUUCCAAGCUGGAGGAACAGCUCGCUUACGAUCUGAGUUGCCCCAUCUGCCUUCAGCUCUACUCCAAUCCAGUGGUUCUCCCCUGUGGCCACAACUACUGUCAAGCCUGUAUCUACAAGACCGCCGACAAGAGUGGCAAAACGCUUCCACGUUGCCCUGAGUGUCGUGGGGAAUAUCAGGGUGUGGACUCCCUUCAGAAAAACUUUAAACUCUGCAGCAUCAUCGAGGGUUACCGAGCCACCACACCACAUCUGGACAGGAAGCCUGACACUAAGCCUGAGAGCAUGCAGGUUUUCUGCGACCACUGUAUAGAUGAACAGUCACCGGCUGUGAAGACCUGCCUGAAGUGUGAGGUGUCACUGUGCUCCGGACACCUUAAGAGACACAAUGAAAAGGAGUCCUUCAAGAUACACGCUUUGGUGGAGCCUCCGAAUGAGACGGGAAUGAAGGGCUGCGCUAUCCACCAGCGUCCGCUUGAGUACUUUUGUUUCAGUGACAUGACCUCGCUGUGCACCACAUGCCUCAUAGAGGGCCAUCACCAGAACCAUGAUGUUCUCAUCUUCAGUAUAGCCAAGGAAGAGAUGAGACGGGCACUGGAGAGCCGCAACAAGGUGGUUUCCUGCAGGCUGCAGAUGACUGAGAGUCUCCUACAGCAGACAGCAGAGGAGCAGGGACCCUCUGAAGCUAUAGGAGACAAACUGAUCAACAAGGCUGUCACAGUCAUGGACAGUAUGGCUGCACUAGUGGGCAGGUACAGGGAUCGUCUCUGUGUGCUUUUGGAGGAGGAGAGAGGUCAGCGCAGAGAAAGCUGGCAGCUCGGACUGAGUGCACUGGAAGAGCAACAGCAGCAGUUACUGGAGGCCCAGCGAAAUGUCAAACAGGCCCUCAAUGAGACUGACACAUGCAUCUUCAUACACAGGUUCAUGCUGAUUGAGCAUAAGCUGAGAGAAGUUGUUGAAAGCACCAUUCCUUCCAAGAUCCCCUCAAAGGCACCGCUUAACACAAGGCGUCUCCAGAAAGGCCUCAAAACCCAAGACUUCCGCUCAGAAAUGACCUGCCUCCUGGAUUCUCUUCAUAUCCUCCUCAACCCCCUGGAGCUCACCUUCAACAUCUGCACUGCCCACCGCAGCUUGAUACUGUCCAGUGACCUGCGCUCAGUCAAGUACAGCUCCACCAAGCAGCCUUAUGCGGAGCACCCAGAGCGUUUUACAAGUGCACCACAGGUUCUGUGCAGCCAGGGUUUCUCAGGUGGCGAGCACAUAUGGGUGGUAGAGGUGGGGGCCAGCAGCAUGUGGUCACUGGGCGUGUGUUACAAGAGCAUCCCUCGCCGUGGUGACCACAGUCGUCUAGGACACAACUCUGUGUCCUGGCGAUUGCAGUGGAAAAACGGCAAGCUGACAGUGUGCCAGUCCUCUUGUAAUGUGGCUCUGGGGGAAAUGACCUAUCAUCCACUGAGGAUUGAGGUAGCGCUGGACUAUGAGGGGGGGACGUUAACGUUCCACAGCACCAAAGGGCGCAGGGAGCACCUCCAUACUUUCAGGGCGGUGUUCAGGGAACCGGUUUACCCAGCGUUCAGUAUUCAUUCAAACACACCAGAAUCCUGUAUCACACUGCACAGUGGGAUGUGA